AUGGCGUUACCCUUAGAAACAUCACAUUUGAUAGCGCAACUUCGAGUGUCUUAUCUCACACUAACAGAUAAUGAUGAAUAUGCUAGACGAAUAAUUAAACCGUUGGUGGUUGGAGGAAAUGAGACAGAAGAACAGCAAAAUAUAUACACACAACUCGAAAUGCCGGAAUCGCCUCCGAUUACUUUCAAUGCUAACCAUCACAUACAAACAUUUCAGGAUGCUGGAAAUGAAGUACGGAAGAGAACGAUAAAGAAAAGGAAGAAAAUAGAUAGGAAGCAGAACAAGCGAGAGAUGAAAAAUGCACAUAAAAGGGAUGACCGGAUGAAUUCAGAGUUAAUUGAAGAAAAAGAGGCGCCAGACUUGCCAGAUAGACCCCAAAGUCCAGGCAAUACGACGAAUGGCAGAACUGAUCUUGAGUCUAAUGGAGAAUUGCUGGGACUUUCUUAUACAAAGACUAUCAAGGGGCGAAAUAGGAAAAGUAAGCCGAAUAUUGUGAAGUUCUUCCAUUCGAAUAAAAGUAAUGGCUAUGAUUCAGAUAGUGACAGUGAUAGCGACGACGCUUUGAGAGCACCUCCCUUUGCUGCCUCAGAAAGGAACCUUGAAUUGAUCGAAGAAGAAAAAGCCAAUGAAGAUGACAGUGAAGAUAGUGCAGGAGAUAGAAUACCUAUAUAUGACAAGGAAACCAGUGAUGCUAUAACUAUUGACAGCGACUUCGAAGUACCUGUAACAGCAACGGGAGACGUAUUGAAAACUUCGACAACAGAUUUUGGUUACAGUGAUCAAGAUGAUACGUCAAGCAAGCACAAUAAUACAAUAGAUACUAUUGUGAAAGAUGAAGAUGAAAAUGACGAUAUUUAUGUUGAAGAGGAUUCCAAUUUUACCGAGGAGGAGGACGAGGAUGAGGAUGAAGACGAAGACGAGGAAGCUGAUGUGUCAUCCACAGACUCUGCAUUUACAGACAUUGAAACAGACUCUAUACUUGACUCUUCUAUGCUACUCGAUUCGUAUAACGAUAAUGCGUAUAAUAGUUAUUCUUUUGGAACCCAAACUGACACAUUACCUAGCUUUCCAAGCAAUUCCAAGAAAUUAAAAAAGAAGAAGAGUAGACUCAAUUCAUUCGAAAGCCAAAGUUUUUCAAGAACUACGGGGAAUAUAAAACGAACUGCUUCACAAACUUUGAUUAAUUCAGACCCCAAUAGCGAACAAAUUAAUAGCAUGACAAACUUAAAAACACUUCCUAAUUCCAACAUGCUAUAUAAUUCAAAUAGACUUGCUGUCAGUAGGAAAAACUCAUUUACAUUUGGAAAAGUUGAUGUUUCUAAGCAAAAAGAGCAUGCAAAUCAGCCAAAGAAUUCCAAGUUAAGCAUGCUCAUCCAAUCACGGCAUAAAUCAUCUAACAUAAAUCCUUUAAAUUAUUAUACAUUCGUGUCGUCAUAUAUUGACUCAAUUUAUAAGGCCAGCCUCAACAUAUACUUACCUCCAAAUACGAGCCCAGUAAUUACUGACCUUGGUAUUAAUGAUAACGUCGCCGUUUCAGAUUGUAUUGGAUACAUAUUAUUUAAACUAUCUAGUAUGUCUGAGUUCAAUGAUGAAGAUGAUUCGUCAUUAAUGAACCCAAAUAAAUGGAGACUUGAGUUAGUUGACGAAGAUGGUGAAAAUUAUGGGUCGUUUGGUAUCUUGGAUAGGACAAGACUCUUAUCAUCGUAUAAUAACCCACGAGAUAUUGCGUUGUGUAAGAUUCUCGACGAAACAGAAAUAGCUAAGAACGAAAAACAAGCUCCAUUACCAAUGGAAUUCAAGCAAAAUUUAUUGGCAUAUGAGAAAAAGCAAAUGAACUCAAAUACUAGCAAUAAUCGUAAGUCAUUGAUAGUUAAUGGGAAAGACGAGACAAUUGAAUUGAAAAUCUUACAAAAUUUUAAUGACGCACUAUCAGCUUCUGAUUAUUCAUUAGUUUUUAUUUCAACAAAUGCACUGAUGGGCCAAGUAUUAGAUAAAUUUUGUAAAGAAAAUGGACUUGAUCCUUCAAGGUAUAAAAUGAGAGAGAUUUUAUUACGUGAUGCACCUGAAAAUAAUCCUAUCACUCAUAAGCAUUUACAGCCAGAAAAUACUUUUUUGCAAGGUAAUCUUGGUACAGAUAUAGAGCCUGCAGUUGUCGAGUCUAAAAGAAUAUUGAGAAACACAGACCCAGUACUUGAGCUACAGAGCAAUACACUUGAAUUAGUUCCCUCCGAUACUAUGCAAUCCAAGAUUAUUCAAGAUUCUGUUAAUAAUCAUUCAUUGGCAAAUAUGGCUAUAACCCCUUCAGAAUCUACUAAUACUCUACCUUUAAUUACUCCACCAGCUAAACAAAUGGAGGAUAAAUUCCAGUCGUUAAAUAUUGCAAACGAAGGAAAGCUGAGUACCCCGAGCCAUACUCACGAUGAUCCUCGCAGAAACACAACCGAAAGUAUUAAGCGCACUAUUAAUUCAAACAAAUACUUGGAUGACAUUAUCAGAGGUAAGAAUCCGCAACUUCCCACCAAUAUCAAUACUAUCUAUUUUACUUGGAAAGUGUGGAGAAAAAAGCCUACCAUCUUAAACAGAAUUGAGAAAACAUUAAUUAUAGAUGGUGAUUACAUUCACUUAACGCCAUCAGAUGUCAUGGUUUGGAAAAAGAAUCCAAGCGAGAACCCAUUUUUAUCUAAUCAACAGAAUCAUAGCCAAUCUCAUCAUCAUCACCAUUAUUUGCAUCAUUAUAAUUAUUCAAAUUAUUAUAACAGUCUGAUGAUGAAGACGAGUUCGUUCCAUAUUACUCAAAUCACCAAAUUAAAACAGUACAAAAGCAGUAAGAAUCCAAACCAUUUUAAAAUUGUCAUAAAGAAGCAUGUAGACGGUUCAACGAAUGCCAAAGAUUCGUCAAUCAAAAAGAAAUAUGAUUUGGAAGCUGCAAAUGCUGAAGAAUGUGAGGAAAUUAUCAAGAAAAUUAAAUGGGUUUUGCAGGUGUAUAAUAUGUCAAAUUUGAAUUCCACUUAA